UCGGCCUCCCAAAGUGCUGGGAUUACAGGUGUGAGCCUCGGCGCCUGGCCACUGUUUGAUUUUUUACUUUUCCCAGAAGUUAAUUUUGACACAUGGCCAAAAUUAACAUGAAGUAAUAGAAGGUGGUCUGUUUCUCAUUUGGAGUCUUUUUGAUGACCAUAAAUGAAAAGAUUAAAUUUUUAACAGGUUAAUCCAGAACAAGUCUUCCUUGUUUGUUUGACCAAUUAGUUUAGAAACUUUGUCCUGAAUACGUACAUUGUGUGUUGCAUCAGUAUGUAUCAGAGUUAGUAACCAAUUACACCCACCAAUUCCUGUUUUGCUGGUCAUUUGUAUAUAGUCUUGGAUUUUUUUCACCAUAGUAUCCCCAGCUUUGGUUAUGGUGAGUUGCUUUCUCCAUUGAAAUUCUUUUGCACCUUUUUCAAAAAUCAAAUAGCCAUAUUUUUUGUGACUGUAUUUCUGGAUUCUCCAUUAUAUUCUCUGGAUUUGUGUGUGUCUGUUUCUUCAUCAGUACCACACUGUCUUGAUUAUUAAUAGCUUUAUAGUAAAUCUUAAAAUCAGGUAGUGUGAUUCUUCCAACUUCAUUCUUUUCCAAAAUUGUUUUAGCUAGUCUGGUUCCUUUACCCUUCCAUGUAAAUUGUAGCAUCAGCUCAUCUGUAUCUUAAAAAAAAAAAAAAAAAAAAAAAACCUGCUGGGAUUUAUAUUGCAUUAAAUCUAUAAAUGUGUUUGGAGAGAGUUGACCUUUACCAUGGUGAGUAUUUUGACCUGUGAAUAUAUUAUGUCUAUUUAUUUAUUUAUUUAUUUAUUUGAAGCUCUGUUGUUAGGUGUAUACACAUUAAAUAUCUUCUUGGCUGGUCACGAACUCCUGACCUCAGGCAAUCCACCCACCUCAGCCUUCCAAAGUGCUGGGAUUAUAGGCAUGAACCACCAUGCCCGGCUCCUAAAUUUAUUUUUGAAUCAGUAUACAAAUACCUGGAGUUCAGCUGAAGUUGGUCACAGAUUAAAAUUGUUAAAACAUCUUUUAAAAAUCCAAAGCAUUUAUAGGGAGCCAACAGUGUGCCAGACCCUCGAGAUUGAUUUGUCAGAGUAUAGUCCCUCCCUUCCCUCCAGGAGCACAGAUCCCACAGGAGAGAAAGUCAUUAGUCAGUGAGACAAGUACAGUCAGUAAUGGGGCAAGCACGUGAGCACAGAAGGGCCACAGAAGCUGCCUGCUGUACUUCAGUUUGGAACAAGAAAGCCAAAUUUAUCCUGAGUGGCAAAACCAUCUUUAAGUUGCUAUACUAGCUCUCAAGGAUUCUAGCCUUAAAUGACAUCUCUGAACCAGAAUUGCUGCCUCUGCAGACGAUGUGAUAUCCUUAUAAGUAUUCAAGGAAAGGUAUAAUAAUGAAUGCCCACCACCACUGUCACAGAAUGAUUAUCUAAAAAGAAAACUGGACGUGUGCAGUGGCCUCACAGCUGUAAUCCCAGCACUUUAGGAGGCUCAGACAGGAGGA